CCGAGUCUCAGCGCCAGACCGCACUUACGCAGUGAGGCAGUAAACAGCAGGUGGACGCAGAGAGACGCACACAGAGUCCAGAGUCCAGAAGCUCCACCAGCUCGGAAUUCCUCACUCAGACAGGGAGAACAGGAGAACCAUGCCGCUGUGGAGUCGCUCGCUGAACCUCCUCAGAGCUCCUCUGAGGCAGAACUUCGUCCCCCCCAGAGCUCAGAUCUCCGUCAAACCGGCCAAACACCACCUUUCCGCCGCGGAGCAGACCUUUGCUAUGGUUGUGAUGUUUGCGACCAUCCUGGUCCCAUCCGGGUGGAUCCUGGCAAAUCUGGAGAACUACAAGAAACGUCCCUGAGUGACCGCUCGUGCUGACCGUCCUGUUGUCUGCAUUCCUCUCCAGCCUGUUUAAUUUCUGAUUAAUAAAUGAUUUAAUUUACUAAACUACAGAAA